GUGCGCGCGGCCCGGCCGCCCCGGCAGUUGGUGCAGCGGCCGUUGGGCUGAGUGCGCUCACCCCACCCCUCCCCUCCGCGGGCCCGGACCCCCCACCCCGCCGGGCGCAGCCCCAACCCCACACUAAGCCCCAGCCGGGCCCGUCCCGUGCGGGCCCGUGACACCCCCUCAGCCGGCGACGCCCCGGGCCGCCCGCCCGCCCGCCACCAUGGAGCUGGAGGACGGUGUGGUGUACCAGGAGGAGCCCGGCGGCUCCGGGGCCGUGAUGUCGGAGCGGGUGUCCGGCCUGGCUGGUUCCAUCUACCGCGAGUUCGAGCGGCUCAUCGGGCGCUACGACGAGGAGGUGGUCAAGGAGCUGAUGCCACUGGUGGUGGCCGUGCUGGAGAACCUGGACUCGGUGUUCGCGCAGGAACAGGAGCACCAGGUGGAGCUGGAGCUGCUGCGGGACGACAACGAGCAGCUCAUCACCCAGUACCAGCGGGAGAAGGCGCUGCGCAAGCACGCCGAGGAGAAAUUCAUUGAAUUUGAAGACUCUCAAGAACAGGAAAAAAAGGAUUUACAGACCCGAGUGGAAUCUUUAGAAUCUCAAACAAGACAACUUGAACUCAAAGCAAAAAACUAUGCUGACCAGAUUAGCAGACUUGAAGAAAGAGAAGCAGAAUUGAAGAAGGAAUAUAACGCAUUACAUCAGAGACACACUGAGAUGAUCCAUAAUUAUAUGGAACACUUAGAAAGAACAAAACUUCAUCAGCUCUCAGGGAGUGAACAACUAGAAUCCACAGCUCAUAGUAGAAUUAGAAAAGAACGUCCUAUAUCAUUAGGGAUUUUCCCAUUACCUGCUGGAGACGGAUUGCUUACACCUGACACUCAGAAAGGUGGUGAGACCCCUGGAUCAGAGCAAUGGAAAUUUCAGGAAUUAAGUCAACCUCGUUCUCAUACUAGUCUGAAGGAUGAACUUUCUGAUGUUAGCCAAGGAGGAUCUAAAGCUACUACUCCAGCAUCAACAGCUGCGUCAGAUGUGGCCACACUUCCUACUGAUACUCCCUUAAAGGAGGAUAAUGAAGGAUUUGUGAAGGUUGCAGAUACACCAAAUAAAUCAGAGAUAAGCAAGCAUAUUGAAGUACAGGUAGCCCAAGAAACUAGAAAUGUAUCAACAGGCUCAGCUGAAAAUGAAGAGAAGUCAGAAGUUCAAGCAAUCAUUGAAUCCACUCCUGAGUUGGAUAUGGACAAGGAUCUCAGUGGAUAUAAAGGCUCAAGCACUCCCACCAAAGGCAUAGAAAACAAAGCUUUUGAUCGAAAUACAGAAUCUCUCUUUGAAGAACUGUCUUCAGCUGGCUCAGGCCUAAUUGGAGAUGUGGAUGAAGGAGCAGAUUUACUAGGAAUGGGUCGUGAAGUUGAGAAUCUUAUAUUAGAAAAUACACAACUGUUGGAAACCAAACAUGCUCUGAAUGUAGUGAAGAACGACUUGAUCGCAAAGGUGGACGAGCUGACCUGCGAGAAGGACGUGUUGCAGGGGGAGCUGGAGGCUGUGAAACUCGCCAAGCUGAAGCUCGAGGAGAAGAACAAGGAGCUGGAGGAGGAGCUUAGGAAAGCUCGCGCAGAAGCCGAAGAUGCACGGCAAAAAGCAAAAGAUGAUGAUGAUAGUGAUAUUCCCACAGCCCAGAGGAAGCGAUUUACUAGAGUAGAAAUGGCCCGCGUUCUAAUGGAGAGAAACCAAUAUAAGGAGAGAUUGAUGGAGCUUCAGGAAGCUGUUCGAUGGACAGAGAUGAUUCGUGCAUCAAGAGAAAAUCCAGCCAUGCAGGAAAAAAAAAGGUCAAGCAUUUGGCAGUUUUUCAGCCGACUUUUCAGCUCCUCAAGUAAUACUACUAAGAAGCCUGAACCACCUGUUAAUUUGAAAUACAAUGCACCCACCUCUCAUGUUACUCCUUCUGUCAAGAAAAGAAGCAGCACCUUAUCUCAGCUCCCGGGGGAUAAGUCCAAAGCCUUUGAUUUCCUUAGCGAAGAAACUGAAGCUAGCUUAGCCUCGCGCAGAGAACAGAAGAGAGAGCAGUAUCGGCAGGUAAAGGCCCACGUUCAGAAGGAAGAUGGUAGAGUGCAGGCUUUUGGCUGGAGUCUGCCUCAGAAGUACAAACAGGUGACCAAUGGCCAAGGGGAAAAUAAGAUGAAAAAUCUACCUGUGCCUGUCUAUCUCAGACCUCUAGAUGAGAAAGAUACAUCAAUGAAGCUGUGGUGUGCUGUUGGAGUCAAUUUAUCAGGUGGGAAGACCAGAGAUGGUGGUUCUGUUGUUGGAGCAAGUGUAUUUUACAAGGAUGUUGCUGGUUUGGAUACAGAAGGCAGUAAACAGCGAAGUGCAUCCCAGAGUAGCUUAGACAAAUUAGACCAGGAACUUAAGGAACAGCAGAAGGAGUUAAAAAAUCAAGAAGAAUUAUCCAGUCUAGUCUGGAUCUGUACAAGCACUCAUUCAGCUACAAAAGUUAUCAUUAUUGAUGCUGUUCAACCAGGCAACAUCCUAGACAGUUUCACUGUUUGCAACUCUCAUGUUCUGUGUAUAGCAAGCGUACCAGGAGCAAGAGAAACAGACUACCCUGCAGGAGAAGAGCUUUCAGAAUCUGGACAGGUAGACAAAGCGUCUUUAUGUGGCAGCAUGACCAGCAAUAGCUCAGCAGAGACGGACAGCCUGUUGGGGGGCAUCACAGUGGUUGGUUGUUCUGCAGAAGGUGUGACAGCAGCUGCCACUUCCCCUAGUACUAACGGUGCUUCUCCAGUAAUGGAAAAACCACCAGAAAAGGAAGCAGAAAAUAGUGAGGUAGAUGAAAACGUUCCAACAGCAGAAGAAGCAACAGAAGCCACAGAAGGCAAUGCAGGGUCAACUGAAGACACCGUGGACAUCUCCCAGCCCGGCGUGUACACAGAACACGUCUUCACAGAUCCUCUGGGAGUUCAAAUCCCGGAAGACCUCUCGCCGGUGUAUCAGUCAAGUAAUGACUCGGAUGCAUAUAAAGAUCAGUUAUCAGUAUUGCCAAAUGAACAAGACCUGGUGAGAGAAGAAGCUCAGAAGAUGAGUAGCCUUUUACCAACUAUGUGGCUUGGAGCUCAGAAUGGCUGUUUGUAUGUGCAUUCAUCUGUAGCCCAGUGGAGGAAAUGUCUCCAUUCUAUUAAACUUAAAGAUUCGAUUCUCAGUAUUGUACACGUGAAAGGAAUUGUGUUAGUGGCCCUGGCUGAUGGCACCCUUGCAAUCUUUCACAGAGGAAUUGAUGGACAGUGGGAUUUGUCCAACUAUCACCUGUUAGACCUUGGGCGGCCUCACCAUUCCGUCCGGUGUAUGGCUGUGGUACAUGACAAAGUCUGGUGUGGCUAUAGGAACAAAGUUUAUGUGGUUCAGCCGAAGGCUAUGAAAAUAGAGAAAUCUUUUGACGCGCACCCCAGGAAGGAGAGCCAGGUGCGGCAGCUUGCGUGGGUGGGGGACGGUGUGUGGGUCUCCAUUCGUUUGGAUUCCACACUUCGUCUCUAUCAUGCACACACUUACCAGCACCUACAGGAUGUGGACAUUGAGCCUUAUGUAAGCAAAAUGUUAGGUACUGGAAAACUGGGCUUCUCUUUUGUGAGGAUCACAGCUCUUACGGUGUCUUGCAAUCGUUUGUGGGUGGGGACAGGAAACGGUGUCAUCAUCUCCAUCCCACUGACAGAAACCGUAAUCCUCCACCAGGGACGCUUACUGGGGCUGAGGGCGAAUAAAACCUCAGGAGCACCAGGAAAUCGUCCAGGCAGUGUAAUCCGUGUGUAUGGUGAUGAAAACAGCGAUAAAGUGACUCCGGGGACAUUUAUACCCUAUUGUUCGAUGGCACAUGCACAGCUUUGCUUCCAUGGGCACCGGGAUGCUGUGAAAUUCUUUGUGGCAGUCCCAGGUCAAGUUGUCAGCCCACAAACUAGCAGCAGUGGCACAGAUCUAACAGGUGACAAGGCAGGGCCAUCUACACAGGAGCCCGGCAGCCAGGCGCCUCUGAAGUCUAUGCUCGUCAUCAGUGGAGGAGAGGGCUACAUUGACUUCCGAAUGGGUGAUGAAGGUGGAGAAUCAGAACUUCUUGGAGAGGAUCUUCCACUUGAACCUUCUGUCGCCAAAGCAGAAAGGAGUCACCUGAUCGUGUGGCAAGUGAUGUACGGCAGUGAGUGAGCCCGUCGGAAAAAGGUGGAGACGGGGCAGCUGUCUCUUCUGCAUGGUUUCAUUUCCCUUUGCCCCUUUAUUUAAUGCUCUUUUUGUGAAAGAAGUUUCACCACAUACUGUGUGAGCAUUUUCCCCUGUUAACUUUACAUUACAGAGCCUGUCCUACCAUAACAAUGCGGGAGCGAGCUGUGUCGCUGGGCCACUGUUCUAGGCAACUGCAGCGCGUUAGGAACAAAUCAAAGAAUGUUUCCUCGAGGCCAGCUGGUGACUUAUAGAGAGCAAUCCAGUGUGGUUCACUCUGCCACGGUUCACAUCACUCACUUUGUUUGAUGGGGUCACUUUUUAGCUGUCACUAAUAAUGGAAUUAAUGGGAACACUUGAUAAGUGAAAUUGUACCAUUAAGUACAAUACUAAAGUUUUCCCCAAUGUAUCAUAAAAUUGACACAAACUAGGAUCAGAUGGAUUAUCAGGAUUUCUCUAAAUGUCCCAGGGGGCUAAAAGCUAACUGUAAAUUACUUUCACUUUCACUUUCAAAUCUGACAAAUCUUGUUUAUAUGGUAUAUAAAACCUUGUUUUCAUUAGAUUUGGGGGGAUUUUAUAUUAAAGAAAUUAAGACUACACUAUUUAAAUAAAAGUUUCCUGUUUCUGACUUA